AUUAAAACAUGUUACGAGUGAGCGAGCUGCCUGUGACAAGAUGGCCGCCAGGUGCAGACGUCGACUUCCAUUGCAGCGUGGGCGAUAUAUCUAGCCUUUUUUUUUUGGUCGACAUCUAUGCUCUGGCCUGGCUGCUUGGCAACCAGGAUCUACACGAGAUAAACAGUUAUUAUUCGUUUAUUUUUGCCAGAGAAGUGAAGACCAUGCGUCGCUCUGCCGCCAAAUCUCGGGCCGAUAAAAGCCGCAUCGAUUCUGGCUCAGUUAAUGCUGCUCCUCCACCACCACACUCGGUCCAGCCCGUCGAAGCCGUGGACAUUGUGCCGGGACUCCUAACCGAGUCCACCUGGACCAGCAUGCUCAACAAGGAGGAGGGGGAGGAGGUGGUGGUGGACAUCAUAGCGGAACUAAUGGACAGACUGAUGGACCGAUGUUAUCAGGUGUAUUUAAAAAGACAGUUGAUACCCUUCUCGGUUUGGUGGGCCCAAAAUAACCUGGUUGAGACGAUAGAAUGUCUUUUCCUGAUGAGAGAUGAGGGGGACGAUCCAGAACAUGAACCCUUUUGGCAAGAGGACUCAGAACCUCAGCCUUGUGCUAUUGAUGCUUGGGCUGAGGGAUGUGUGCCGGUGUUGCAUUCUGCUCAGCAAUAGCACAGUGCUUUACUGCAGAGACGGUCAUUUACUACUUUAUAAAGAGGCACAGUCCAGGAUGAGUCGUUCGCUGGGCCUGGUGACAAUAAAAUCUGAUUUUGGACUAACAAGGACAUUUUCAAUUACGAAACAUUCAGGAUAUUCUUAUAACACGAUGAGAUGACAUGAUAUGUCAAAACCUCAAGGAAAAUUUGAUUUCUCAGUUCAUGGCUGAGUUUAAAGUGGACAAGUAACACAAUUGACAGACAAAGUUAAUUUUUAGUUUUGGACCCAGCAGUAACAAGAUCGUAAAGACAUUUCAACCACACCUUUUACUCAGCUUUAUCCACGUCUAUUCAUCAUUUUAACCACAAGAUGUCGCUGCAAAACCAUAAACAGUCCACACAUGGCAACACGACCACAUGUGUUUUUAAAUGGACAGCUUGGAAACUUCUCAAUUACAAACUGUACAUUUGUCUAGCUGUGAAAAACAACCUCAUGAUCAUUAGCAGGAUGAUCAUUUUAUACCUGAUGAUGACACAAUGACACAGACUGGCUGGUUCUAGAUGGAGCCGGUUUGUGCUUGUCCAAAACAAGCACAUCAGUUGGCUAUGCGGUAAGCUCAUGAAUAUUCAUGCCAGUAAAGGCCUGUGAGCCCAGCGUUCUUGGAAAUGGAAACAUUGGGUUGGUAAAACAUAACCGCUUCUUCUUUACAGCGAUUAAAGUCAUUCAUGUUAACUAAUUAAAGUGAUGUGUAUAGGAAAAGACAACAUCCUCACUGAAACUCCUCUUUAUGCUGCUGAUAGACUCACACAGAUGUUACAAAUAUUCAUCUUGAUUCUAUAUUAUCACUCAGGCCUAAUUGCUAGAAAAGUUUCAUCCAAAAAUAAA